AUGAAGCUCCUUCCCUCAUCCUCCUCCGCGUUACCACUUGAACUCGCCGCCUCGACAUUAUCCGAACAAGACAUGGAUACAAGUACAAGCAGCACUAAAAAUGCUUUUUUUGAAAGGAGAAAAGCAGCCGAGUCAUCCGACUUGCCAGGUUCUGCUGACAGCCUUGGGGAUUCAACCCGUGCUCUGCAGGCCCAGCGAGCCGAGCACACACCAGAUUCCACGGCAUUGACGUCUUCUGCAGCCUCUCCGAAUUCUCAUGGCGCGCCUGGAACUAGUUCUGAGACGUUGCGAAACGCGGCGAAUCUUCGCGAAGCGGUUGGAACGCCUGGCGAAAACAGCGAAAUCAAUAUGCUGGACGGGGCUCUAGGCGAAGCGGCUCAGGCCGCAGCAGCUGUGGCAGGCGCAGCAGCAGCCGCCUCGGCAGUGAUUGGUGCGGUGGGAGCGGGUGGGGGAGGAGCGGAGAGGGACGAACGGGAAGGGGACGAUUUCAUCUGUGACAUGGUGGCAGUGGCUCGCAUCAUGAACGCCACACUUGUGGUGCCGGAGCUGGACCACACCUCCUUCUGGUCCGACCCCAGCGAGUUUGAGGACAUAUUCGACUUGGACCACUUCAUUGCCACGCUCAAGGACAUCACCCUCUUGUGCCUUGACCAAACCUUCUACUUCUCCCUCACCCCUCACACCGUCCCUGUCUGCCACGUCAGCGAGUUCGAGGACAUAUUCGACCUGGAGCACUUUGUUGAGACGCUCAAGGACGACAUCCGCGUGGUCAGGGAGCUGCCCCGCAGAGUGGCCCACCGCCGCGUGCUUGAAAAGUUCCCCAUCUCCUGGUCGCCGUUCUCCUACUACCAAGAGGACCUGCUUCUGCGUCUGAAGAAGCACCGGGUGAUGCGCUUCCCCCUGACGGACUCGCGGCUGGCCAACAACGGCAUGCCCGAGUCCAUCCAGCGGCUGCGCUGCCGAGCCAACUACCGCGCCCUGCGCUACACCAACACCAUCUCGGGCGUUGCCGGCAACCUGAUCGCCCGCUUGAGGAAGCUCGGCCCCUACAUCGCGCUGCACUUGAGGUACGAGAAGGACAUGUUGGCAUUCACAGGGUGCGACCACGGGUUGAGCCGGUGGGAGAGUGGGGAGCUGAGGGAGAUGCGGCUGAACAACUCACGGUGGAAGGAGAAGGACAUCGAUGGGGAGGCAAGGCGCAAGGAGGGCGCGUGCCCCCUCACGCCCAAGGAGACCGCACUGUUUCUGCACGCCAUGGGGUUUCCUAAGAAGACGUUGAUAUACAUUGCUGCUGGGGACAUCUACGGCUCUAAAGGCCUCACGGAGCUGAAGCGGUACUACCCCAACACGUUCACGCACUCCACUCUCGCCACUCCGUUCCCUUCCCUGCGUUUUCUUGCCAUUCUUUUCAAUCCCUCCAGCGCCUUCUCUAUCUUCUUGUCCUUCUCCUCAACCCCUCGCCAGGAGCUGAAGCGGUACUACCCCAACACGUUCACGCACUCCACUCUCGCCACCCCAGAGGAGCUGGCAGCGCUGGGAGGGUAUCAGAACAGGCUGGCAGCAGUGGACUACACAGUGGCCGUGGAGAGUGACGUGUUUGCAUACACGUAUGAAGGCAACAUGGCGAGAGCUGUGCAGGGGCACCGGCGGUUCGAAGGGCACAGGAAGACGAUCAUUCCCGACAGGGAGGCGGUGGUGAGGCUGCUAGAUCAGUUCAAGGCGGGCGAGAUGAGCUGGAACGCGGUGCGCAAGGAAAUCCGGAAGCACCACAAAGGGCGCGUGGGGGGGCCUCACCAGCGGGAGGCUGGGGAGAAUCCGAAGCUGGAGGAGAACUUCUAUGCGAACCCCAUGCCGGGGUGCAUGUGCGAGGUGGAGAGGCAACCAGGGAAGGCGGUGAAGGCAUGUCGAAUGGAGGGCGGGCAGAGGAAGUGCAGGGAGGUGCCCCAGGAGGAGGAGGCGUACAUCUAA